AUGGAAAAACCAUCACUAUCACUGCCAUUGAGCAGCGAGGCGCAUGUUAUGUCUCUUGAAGAAUUCAUCGCACGAAAUGUGCGUGAGCUUCCACAGAUGGUCCAGGUCGACAAAGGAUUUUGUGGAACCUCCGCGAAUCAAAGCAUUAAAACUGGAGACGUACUGAUCAUCUACAAAGUGGAAAGAGAGAGGAACGUAAAAGCAAAGCAUUUAAGUAGUGGGAGAACGCUCUGCUUGCCAAGAAUAAGUGAUUUGAAGUUAGAGUUGGUGUCAGAACAUUCCCAAGAUGAGUUCACCACUUUGGACGCGAUUGCAAAACUUCCUUCUGCGGCGUUCAUUCGAAUUGUCGAGAACGUUCCUUUGUUCGGCCUCCUCGCUGGAGAUAUAUUGCAAAUCAGUCGAGACCCCCCGUAUUUAAACCUUAGUACUGUACGAUGUUUCAUCGUAAACUUAAAAGAUCCCGUACAAGUGGAUUUACCUCUGACCCUGGAAGGAAGGUUUCAGGUCCUCGCUAAUCAUGGAAUAUUUACUACAGACGAGGUUCUACAGAACUGCACACUUCCAGUUAAUGUCCGUGUCGUGUCUUAUGGAAAUAAAGCUAUGGUUGACGGCUCUUCAGAACACCCUCGAGCAAAGCAGAGGUCAAUAUUCGGAAAGAUUCUCGUGGAGUGCGAGAUUGAAGAAGAAGUAGUUUAUGCCAUUUCGACUCGCGAACAGAAUAUUCUUUUAAUGUUCCCAUCGACACUAGAGAUGAAUGUUGCCCAGUGUAUGUCUCGAGAGAGGUUUACUUCUCGCUGGGGAGCUGAAUUCGAGAAGCUGCUAGAAGCAUUACCGAAUGAAACAGAUCUACAUGAGUUAUCAAACACAAACUGUAUUUCCUUUACGAGUGAUCCCGUGAAGAGGUGCUCUUUGGAGUCGUUACAGCAUUUUUGUUUCCCUUUCGAUUGCGCACAAGGAAUAGAAACAACAGAAAGGCAAGUUUCACGAGUCGGCUACGAGUUUGCCCUUGAUCCUUCCUCUAUGAAAGAAGAAACUGCAACGAAGGAGAAAGGCUUUCAGAAGUUUCAGCCAGAGAGCUUCUCGGAAAUGAAAGCACCUCCCCUUCCGCCAAAGGCGGCCUUGAUUGCAACACGAUCCCAUGCUUCUUCCCAGGAGGACUUAACAAAGAAUUUUGACAACAAACAAGAAACUGAAAUGGAAGAAAAUUCUUUCGAAACAAUAGACAAGCAGGUAGUAUUAUCUGAACAAAGUCUGACGAAUGACUUAAAUGAUAGUUUACCACCGAGCCAGAGCUGUGUUAAGCUACUAGAGGACAUGUCACAACCGCAGGAAGGGUCAAAACACAGCGACGUAGGCGACGCAAACUGUAAAAUGCAAAUUUCAGGAGACAUUCCCUAUGAAAGUGAAGAACCUCUGUUCUUGGCAUCCUUCACAAAAAGAAAAGCUUACGAACCAUCCGUCGACAGAAAUGCAAAUGUGCCUUCAGAUGAAGGUUUACCAGUUGAAAGAAAACGCGAGCAAUUCUCAGUGCGCGUUUUACGACCGGCGCAAACAGGAUCUGAUUUACCACGCCGCGAACACGGAGCACUUCCUGAGGCAACAGACGACCCCCUAAGUUCGAGAGAAAAGGAGGCCGAUCUGGAUUUGAACUUUGAAUCUAGCGAGGCAAAUACAAAUAAAAAGCAUAAUAUGCAGAAAGAUGAGGAAGCCUCCUCUGAACAAAGUGACGAGGAAAACAACAAUUUCGAUGACCUCGACCCGGAUUGUUCCAAAAAGAUGUUCUUUGAACACACAGAAAACGAUAACGAAAUUUCAUUACCGAGUCUUGGAGCAAAAAGCAAAGAAGAACACCGCAUGAAUGGAGAGAGCACAAAGAGAAAGUUCUUUCAGUCGCUGACGUUAAUGCCAAGAAUGUUCCGCCAGGAUCCUAGCAGGGCGGGAAGAAAGAAAGAACAGGCUCCGAAGGAAAAAAGCAACUCGGUGAGAAUUCCACCGAGAAAAGCUACUUCUUGCGACGACAUUUUGAUAUCUAGUCCACGCGAUGAUGACUUCGAGUCCAUGACUAACAUUAAAAAGUAUUUGGAGACACAGGCAAAAUUAGACAGAGCCCUCGUCCAGAUAAAUCGCCUGCAAAAUCAAAGAUCAAAGAACUUGGCCACAGGGACCAAACCCAAGAAUAGCAACAAGUCGGUGAACGCCCAGGAAACGGGAUUGAGAGAAUUCGAAAGCGGAGGAUCUUCGGAAACAGAAAAUGAGGUUGAGGAACAAAAUCCUCGAAACGUGUUCCCAGAGCAAACGGGGAAAGAAAGAGCACCACACACACCAGCAAAUACAUCUGAACAGAGCUCGCCUGCGCCAGAAACCUUCGCCUUAAGACAAGCUACCCCAACUUGGCUGAACCAAAAUCCAAGAGAACAAGAAAUAAGUGAAAAUUGUGAAGGGGAAACCUACGGAAGAAGACCAGAAAUACCAUGCGACAGAUCUCCACAUUUUGCGAUUGAACCAACUGACGCAGAACCCGUAAUGCCACUCGACCGUGCUUCACAGCGCGAAAAUGGGCGAAGUCAUGGCAGCAGCAGACGAGAAAACGACGAAAAUGGGCCAAAUCCUGGAGAUUCCAACGAAACGUGUUGGUCCUACAGAACUCACUUCACUAGCACCUUCGGCGUGGAAUUGAAUGAAUGCGAGAUGAAAAGUGAGCUUAAAAAGACCAUUCAGCAAACGAAGUGGACCACGGAUGAAUUAAUGGAAUUGAUCGAAAUUCUGAGAAGGAAGCUCCUGGAAGUUAAUCGCGUGCCGUACGUUAAUCUAGCACCAUCACAGGAGAGGCAGAGGAGUCUUUCCGAGGACCUUGUCAACGCACAUUGCCCAAGCUCUUUUCCUGCCCCGAAUGAGAUUACGAGAAAGGAUAAACCUCCCUACGUCAAUAUCAGUCAAGCAAGCGGGGAACCUAAUAUGCCUUCGCAUCAAAAUCUCGUGCAAGAUUCCAGGGACCCAUUCACCGUGAAAGAUUUAAAAAGAUUACCUAAUCGCUCACACGGAAAACCACCGAUACCAACGCCAAGGAGCACGCUAUCGUCUAUAUAG